AUGGCCCUGUUCAAGAUCACACUCAUCUGCUGCGCUCUUUUUGCCGCCAUCGAGUGUGGCCUGCUCCCGGUGGGAGCUCCAAUCAACACGGAGGUGGAUCCCCAUCCGCAGUACGCCUUCGCCUACAACGUGCAGGACGCCAUCACCGGGGACAGCAAGAGCCAGCAGGAGGUGCGCGACGGCGAUGUGGUCAAGGGAUCCUACUCGGUGGUCGAUGCCGACGGCUCCCUGCGCACCGUCUUUUACACCGCCGACCCCAUCAAUGGCUUCAACGCGGUGGUGCAGCGGGGUCCAGUGCCACGUCCUGUGUUGCCCGCUCCCCUGGCAGCCCCGCUCCUGGGCUAGAGCACUGAGCACUCCUCCCGUUACUGCUG